AUGCUGGCGGCUGUGACGUUAAUGGCACUGGCGGCUUUGCGCUUCUUCGUUGUAGUUGGCGGUUUCGGUUUGGCGGCCGUGUCGUUGGCGAUUGUGGCGUUGGAGUUGGCGGCUUGCUUUUUGGUGGAGCGUGUGACUCGCGCUGGAGCUAAUGCUUUUUCGUUGGUGGUGCUGGCCGCCGUGGCAUUGAUGCUGGUGUUGGUAUCGACGGGUGAUUCUGAAGUUGAUGGCGGAGACGAGCGCACAAUGUACCUCCCGGGUAAGGAAUCGACGACAAUUUUGCAAGCUGGUGGCGUUUGA